AUGUCAACAGAAACAACACACCCGGGCGAAGUCUCGCUCUCCAAGCUCUUGGCUACGUUGACAGCCACUCUACACCCUUCGACCUACGUCUUCGCUGUGCUUGCAGACGAAUCCAAACUUCCACCAUUUUCAGAGGUCGAGAUGUUGUUCCGCGAGGCCAAAUCCGAAGGCAUCACAGUGAUCACCAAUCGAGAGUAUGCCGAGAACCAUGGACUUGAAUAUGCAUUCCCAUGCCGCAAGAUCACUCUGGAUGUCGCAUCGAGUUUGGAUGCCGUUGGGUUUAUUGCUGUUGUUGCGACAAGACUUGCUGCUGCUGGAAUGGGCGUAAAUCCGAUCAGUGGAUUCUACCAUGAUCAUCUGUUUGUACCAUUGGGAAGAGAGGAGGAUGCGCUCAAGGUGAUUACUGAGUUAUCGGAAGAGAAGAAAAGGGAAGCUCAAGCUUGA